AUGGAAGGCCUUCAUGACCCAUGUCCCUUGUUCGCCGAUGAGGUGAAAGGAGACGAGCUUUUUCUUUUCCCUUUCAGCAAGGACGCCGUACUGAAGGCAAAUCGCAGUGGUGGGUGCACAUCUUGUGAUUAUAAUGCCGGAAAAAAUCUGGACGCUCGAUUGGCCGUGGCCAUUAUCAAUUCUGUGCAACCUGACCUCGUUUCGGUGUUAAUCUCCGUCCAAAUGGCUCUUACAAAGCAAACUUCCCGCAAAUCCACAGGAGGCAAGGCUCCACGCAAGCAGCCGGCCCUGAAGGCAGCUCGCAAAAGCGCCCCCGCCACUGGUGGUGUGAAGAAACCGCAUCGCUACAGGCCAGGGACCGUCGCGCUCCGUGGAAUCCGUCGCUACCAGAAAAGCACGGAAUUGUUAAUUCGCAAACUGCCUUUCCAACAUCUCACCCGUGAGAUCGCUCAGGACUUCAAGACUGACCUGCACUUCCAGAGCUCGGCCGUGUCAGCUCUGCAAGAAGCCAGUGAGGCUUAUCUAGUUGGCCUGUUCGAAGACAUCAACCUUUGCGCAAUCCACGCCAAGUGCGUUACCAUCAUGCCUAAGGAUAUCCAGUUGGCGCGUCGCAUCCGCGGUGAACGUGCUUAA